AUGGUCAAUCGUCAAGCAACAUUGAAGGACGUAAACCCACAACAAUGGGUCGUUGCCUAUGCUGAACACUUGAAGAAGCAAGGAAAGAUUGUUUUGCCAAAGUGGGUUGAUAUUGCCAAGACUGCUGUCCACAAGGAAUUGCCACCAGCAAACCCAGAUUGGUUCUACAUUCACUGUGCUGCUGUUGCUAGAAACAUUUACAUUAGACCAGGAACCGGUGUCCAAGGUUUGAGAAAGAGAUACGGUUCAUCAAAGAACGGUGGUUAUGCUCCAUAUCACCAUGGAAGAGCCUCCAGAACUGUCCAAAGAAAGUGUAUGCAAGAAUUGGAAAGAAUUGGUGUUUUGGAAUCCGAGGAACAAUCAAAGAACCCACACUCUGGAAGAAGAGUCACAUCCCAAGGUAGAAAGGAUAUGGACAGAAUUGCCCAAGCCCUCAAAUUGAAGAAGCUCUAA